UAGGGGCCAAAAGGCGUUAUCUGGCAUCAUUCGGGGGCCGCUAAUCCGCAUGUGCGACAUAAAUCCAAUCUGACAGCGCCUUUGCAUCUUGAAACUGGAUUGUUAAUAUACAUAUAGAGACAGUGCUAAGCUUCAACGGGGAGGAGGGGGUGUACGAGGCGAGAGAGAGAGAGAGAGAGAGAGAGAGAGAGAGAGCAUCAAGUCACCAGGAUAGGCUCCACCGUCCACACACUGUAAGGUACAAGUGCCACAAGGAGACUAUAUUCUGCUAAAAUAAUGGAUGGGACAAAGCCGGCCAUGGAGUCCAACGCGGAGGAGACUCAAGACGAGGGACAAGAGAGCAAAGGAUGCUUCGAGUGCUGCAUCAAGUGUCUGGGCGGGGUGCCCUACGCCUCCCUGGUGGCCACCAUCCUCUGCUUCUCAGGCGUGGCCCUGUUCUGCGGCUGCGGCCACGUGGCCCUGACCGGGACCCUGACCAUGGUGGAGAACCACUUCUCAAGGGACACAAGCGACCAUGCCAACCUGGCCAUGGUGAUUCAGAUCUUUCAGUACAUCAUCUACGGCAUCGCCUCUUUCUUCUUCGUCUACGCCAUCAUCCUGCUGGCUGAGGGCUUUUACACCACCAGCGCCAUCAAGAAGGAGCUGCAGAGCGAUUUUAAGACCACCGCCUGUGGUCGCUGCAUUACUGCCUUCUUCAUGUUCCUGACCUACAUCCUGGCUCUGGCCUUCCUCGCCAUAUUCGGCUUCACGGCGAUACCCGUUUUCCUCUUCUUCAACAUGUGGAAUACCUGUGCUGCCAUGAAGUCUCCUGACGCCAACAUCACCUCACCUGACUCCAUCUGUGUGGAUGUCAGGCAGUACGGUAUUAUUCCCUGGAACGCCACACCGGGAAAAGCUUGUGGGUCCACACUGGGAGAUAUCUGUAACACCAGCGAGUUCUACCUGUCCUACCACCUCUACAUCGUUGCGUUUGCCGGCGCUGGUGCCACUGUCAUCGCAUUGAUCCACUACCUGAUGAUUUUGUCGGCCAACUGGGCCUACCUGAAGAGUGCUGUCUCCACGCACGAGUACCAGGACAUCAAGACCAAGGAUGACCAGGACCUGGAGGCCGAGGCACGUUCCAAGGAGGGCCAGAACUCCUCCUCUUACUCAUAAGGACAAGCGAUCCACUCCCGCCAACACCCAUCUCCUCUCCACACCUCAACCCCCCACCCUGCAACACCCAGCACCCGUCCUUCUCUCCGUUAAAACAAACCACCUCGGUCAUGUUUGAUAGUCCCCCAACCUCCUGAUUCUCCAUCCUCUUCCCUUCCAUGAUGUUUGAGUUGUGGGCUCCCACCAGAAGGGAAGAGAAUAGAAGAUCAGGAGAAGCGACAGGCCCAGACGGAGGCAGUUGCUUCAGAUCGGGAGAGCUCGUCCGCUGUGGGUGGAGCUCAGGUUGGUAGAUCAGUUCAGAAGCGUCUCCUGCCCCGUGCUAUUGGCCGGCGGCUCAUGUGAACAUGGCCCGGCUGUGAUGGCCUCGCGCCCUGAGCCAGCACAGCCUAUCGACACACAGCUCCUAACAGCCUAAAAAAACAUUGUUCACGUCUGCUUCAGCCACAGGGAAGCCAGGCAGCGACCAACUUCCUUCGUUUUUGGUGUUUUAUAUGCAUAUAUAUAUGAAUAUAUUGUGCGAAUUUGUACGAAUGUUGUGUUUUUUUUUAAUACUCUGAAAAGUAUGCCAGGUAUUAUUAUGAUUAUUGAUUUCUUCUUAAAGUUUUUGCGCUCAUAGGUUUUUUCUCCUUUACUUUUUCUCCAUUUUAAACUUUUUAUUGCUAAUGCUCAAUAAGUUGUUGCACUAUUACAAAACAAAAAAAUAAGGGAGAAUGAAAAUCCCUUAAAAACACAAAGCACCCCAGCCAACCCUCUCUCACAGAAAUACCUAAAAGUCAUCAUGUGGUAUCUCAAGGAUUAUUGUGCAUUUACAUGAUGAAAGUUUAUUUAUCUGCAGAGUAAUUAACUGUUCAUUUAAGACCAGAGGUGUAGCAAACUUUUAUUAAAGGAAUAGUUUUGGGAAAUACGCUUAUUUGCUUUCUUGUCAAGGGUUAAAUGAGGAGAUUAAGAUAAAUAUAGAUAAGCUAAUGCCAGCAGCAGGCUAGCUUAGGUUAGCAUAAAGACUGGAAACAGGGGGAAACUGGCCUUGCUCUGUUUAUAUGUAAUGAAAUCUGCCUAUUACCACAUCUAAACUCACCAAUUAACAUUUUAUGUCUUGUUUGUUUAAUUCACACAAAAACUGAUGUGUCAAAACAAAAAUUUGCUGUUUUAUGAGGGGUUAUCAGCCACACCUUUCUUUGCGCCGCUUCUUUAUAAAGGCUCCAUUAACGAUAACCCCCAUGUCAAACUACACCUUGUUGUUUUUACACUUUGGUUUUUGUGUAAAUUAAACACAUAAGAUAUAUUGUAUUAAAUAAUGAGCUUUGCAGGCAAAGCCAGGCUAGCUGUUUCCAGUGUUUAAGCUAAGCUAAGCUAACCAGCUGUGUUAGCUUGAUGUUUACCGCACGAACAUGACUGGUAACAAUCUUCUCAUCUAACUUGAAUAAGUACAUUUCCCAAUAUGUCAAACUAUUUCUAUUAAGACCUUUAUGGUUUUUGUUACACUCAUCACCAGCGGCAGCAGAAAUAAAAGAUAAAUCUGUCACGGUCUUUUAACUUCAAGAAGACACACCUCAGGUAUCAAACCAAAUCUGAUUUUAGCCAGUUGUGUUCUUUUCCAAAGCUUCACCAUCUGAACACUAAUCCUUACCAGAUUGGUACGCUGUCCUGUAUGAAUUAUACAGUAAAAAACAGUUCUGUCAUUUGCUAAAAGUCCUCCUUUUGCCGAUGAAGUUCACCUGUAAAUAGCUGAAUCACCCUAAAAGAUUUCGAAUUACACCUCUCCCAAAACGGGGAGAACACAAUCAGUGUUUCGCCAUGCUCUUAUAUUAUUUUUUUCCACAAAUAUGUAAAUGUACCCUUUGAGAUAUGUGUUUAGCACUCAAAUACUAGUUCUGCAUUUGAUAUAAUAAUUGUAAUGUAACAUCUUAAAUGAUAUGUCGUGAGAGGGAUACAGUGCAGUCAUGAUAUGAUAUGAUGGAUUGAGGUGCUUGUGAUGUAUACAUUUCAAAAUGUGAAAAUAAAUAUGGAAAUGGAUGGACUUUUAAUGUUUUAUCAGUUUUAGGCAACUGAGCUCUUCUUGUGAUUCAGUAAUAAUGAUUUUAUGGAAUUUGUUUGUGCUUUUUUUUCCUCGAUGACCAGCCAAAUGAGUGACUCAUCAACUUGUGAGUUGAGAAGAAAAAGUCACUUUUUCUUUUAUUUUCUUUUUAACAUCAUGCCUCUCAUAUGAGCCACAGAGACUGUUUUGGAUGUUUACACUCUGGAUAAACACAAGUCAGGAAUUUUCAUACAUUAAUUUUAUAAUCAGGUAUUGUUUAAGUAUCAUGAACUAUAUUCUAUAUUGAUCAUCACUGGUUAGUUUACCCUAAAAAAAAAAACACUGAAGAAGACACAUUUUUUAACUUGAUGAGAUGAAGCAUGUCAGUAUUGUCCAUGUGUGCAGCUGUCUAUUCUGUAUAAAAAAGGACUAUAUUGCCAUGUGUGUUAUGUUUGAUAAAUAUACGUGCUUUGCCAGCAGGUUGAUGUAAAGGCAAACUUCAAUUUCCUAUAAGACAAUGCGUGUCAGGGUGUUGUUGUUUCCUCGUUAUUUGCAUGAAGGAGACAUGACUGUGUCUUUGCAGUUUUUCAGGUGAUGUGUAGUCAAUUGUACUGACAACUAUGGUAGGCGGUGUUUGCCCCCCUCCUCCACCACCCCCCUUCCAUCCACUCUUUUCUAAAGAAAACUCCAUUGUACUUUGAUGGCAUUGUAGUCCCUGUAGGUGUUUCAUUAUGGUUUUAUUUUUUAAGUUGGAAAUAGUUCUAUGACUCCUAUAUAGUGAUGAUUUUUGUAACCUUCUCUAGUAAAACCGAUAUUUUUUAUUAUCGUGA